AUGGCUCCCGUCAAGAAGGCUACCGGCACGACCGCCAAGAAGGCGUCGUCGCACCCUACUUUCCUCGACAUGAUCCAGGAGGCUAUCCUUGCCCACCCCGAGGACGCUCGCUCUGGUGUCUCUCGCCCCACCAUCAAGAAGUUCCUUGCCACGAAGUACAACAUUGACCUCUCGUCGGCCUCGAACAUCAACAACCUCUCCAACGCCAUCAAGCGCGGAGCCGACAAGGGCGUCCUUCUCCUCCCCAAGGGUGUCUCGGGCAAGAUCAAGGUCGCUGCCAAGGCCAAGAAGGCUGCCGGCAAGGAGAACGAGGCUCCCAAGAAGGAGGCCAAGAAGCCCGCGGCUAAGAAGCCUGCUGCUAAGAAGGCCGCUCCUAAGAAGACUGCUACCAAGGCCACGACCAAGAAGGCCACCACCACCACCAAGAAGACCGCUGCCACCAAGGCCAAGGCUCCCGCUAAGAAGGCUGCCACGACCAAGAAGACCGCUGCCGCGAAGAAGUAA